AUGGCACCGCAACAGGAUAUCCCGGUUGCCGCUAAUGUCCUCGGCACUAUCGGUACGAUCUUGUGGUGCGUGCAAACAAUACCUCAGAUAUGGACGAAUUGGCGAACGAAAAAGACCGAUGGCCUCCCCGGCUCCAUGAUGUAUCUAUGGGCUUUAUGUGGUGUACCCUUCGGGGCUUAUAAUAUCGUACAGAGGUUUAACUACCCCUUGCAGGUACAGCCUCAAGCCUUUAUGGCACUUUGUCUUGUGAACUGGUGUCAGAUACUGCUAUAUAAUAGUAAAUGGUCUAUGUGGAAGGUGGUUCUUAUAGGUCUAGCUAAUGCUGCAGCUUUUGCUGGUGUGCAAGCGGCCUUAAUUAUCACACUACGACCAUUGUACGAUGCCGGUAGUAGCACCGGGGUCUUGGUAGUUGGUAUAAUUGCGAAUAUUCUCUUAGCAGUUGGUUUAUUGCCGCCAUAUGGCGAACUAUGGAAGCGGAGAGGAAGAGUGAUUGGGAUCAACUUCGUCUUUCUGUCCAUGGACUGGCUAGGCGCAUUUUUCUCUCUUAUGUCACUUGCCGUCCAGAAUAGUUUCGAUAUCUUGGGUGGUGUGUUGUAUAUCGUAUGCAUCCUUCUUGAAUCCGGUAUAUUCCUUUCUCAUUUGAUUUGGCUCUUCCGCACUAGGAAGUUGAGAAAGGACGCGGCAUCAAGAGGGAAGACCUUCGACGAUAUUGCGGCAGAGCACGAACAGGAAGGCAUAUCAUUCAAAUUCGCCGAGCGAAAGAUCUUCAAGAAACAUGAUGUAGAAACGGGCAAUACUGGGAAUAGUGAAGAUCUUAGCGAUCAGACGCAGCAACAUCCAAUCACGGCAACUAUGCAGGAUGGCAGAUCAGGAGAUGCUCAGCAAAAUUCAAAUUCGGGGUUAGAAAGAGAGACGAGCGAAAAAAGUGAUAUAAUCCGUAUUCAUAGUUGA